GGCAGGGGUUCGCCCGGGGCUGGGAAGCCCCCGGGCAGGUGAGCUGGGGGUCCCUGUUGUGGGGUGACAGGUGAGCUGGGGGUACCCGCCGUGGGGCGGCUCUGGAAGCCGAGGGCGGUGGGAGUAAUUUGGAGCUGGGUUUGGGCACGGAGGGGCCGGGGCGGAGGCUGCCGGGGCAGCCGGCGCGGGGAGCGCGGUGGGGUCUGGAGGCUGUUUUGGGAGGACGGGGCUUCCCGUGGGGAUCCCACGGUCCCUGUCUGGUGUAGCCUCUUCUCACGGCGGAUCCUGGCACGGAAAACCCCCAGUGCUGGAUCCAGCUGAGCCGCUGGUACCGCGGCUACGUGAUGCCGGCAGAGUCAGCAUCCUCCCUGCGCGGCGCGGCGCGGCACGGGGGGCUGUGGGUCCCCCUGCCCUGGACCUGUGCCCUCCCAGCCUGUCGAGGAGAUGCCAUCCCCCAGUGUGGACCCCCCAGGCCCGCUCGGGGGUCGGCACCACGCGUUGCACCGUGUUUUCCCGGCACGAUUUCCUCCUCUGGCGUCGGUGACGGGAGCGGGGGCGGAGAUGGGGGAGCCUGGGGGAGACACAAAUGUGCGACUGCAGCAUCCUCACUCCCAUGGCUGCAUCCCUCGCGCCUCCUCACGGUUGCCUUGGCAACCUCCUAUCGAUGGGGUAUUUAUAGAGGAUGGGAAGCCGGAGGGGGGGACCGGGAAUGGGUGGGCGUCUGCUGGGUCAGCCUCCAGCUUCAGGCUUCUCUCAGCCUGCGUGGCUGUGUGGGGGCGGGAGGGAUGCUGCUCCCCUUGGCGUCAGCGUGUGUGGUGCUCCAGCUUUUCCUGCUCGCAGGAGCCGGGGAAGGUGGUUAAGGAAUUUGCACGUGGAAAUAAAAAUAAGUGUCUGGGAUGUGUGCUCUUCUCACCAGCGUCGCUCGUGCUUCUGGGCUUGUGUGGACCUGCCUUAUUGUUUGCACUGCACUUGGAAUAAACCACCCCUGAGCUCUGACGCUGAGAGCGUUGACACAGAUGCUUGGAAAAAACCUGAAAUACUGUAAAUUAAAUGAAAUGACGUUAAAUUUGUUGCCUGAUGAAUGAUGUGGGUUAUGGAGCUGGGGAUCCCGACAGAUCCGGUCUUGAAUAUCCUCAUUUCUGUGUCUCUGUCCUCCUGUCCAUCAAAGAGGGGGAAUGCCCAUAACAACGAGUGCUUGUGUGGGAACUGUGGCAAGUUCUCUGUGCUGUCCCUUCUUUUAUCCUGGGGGUUUGGGUCUCUUUUUAAAAACUGAUGACAAUAAAAGCGGGUCAGGUGGUCCCUGCUCAGAGCUGACACAUCCUGCCGGGGAGUGCAUGGAUCCAGGGGUCUGUGGGGGAAUCCAUGGAUCCGGAGUGCAGUGGGAGAAUGCAUGAAUCUGGGGGCCUCUCACAUCCUCCAGGAGGGCUCAGAGAAGCAGGGCUGGGCUGGGGGCAUAGGAGGCAGCAGACCCCUUCUGUGCAGUCCUGAUGCUCUCCUGCUUUCCCUCAUUCUUGCUUCAACUCCAGACUGAGGUUUGCAAUCUGAGCUUUGCAAACUGUUGGGAGGAAGCUGCUUUCUCCCUCUGGAGGCAGGUCCAGGCUUGCUUGCCCUCUUGCCACUUACGGUGUAGGAACCUUGGAAACCACGGGGAACCUGAUGUUGGCAGAGAGAGGUGCUCCAUUUACUGGAAGGUGGCUGUUGUGACGUGUAGUGCUGCCUGCUGUGAUGGUGUGUGGCACCAGCCCUUCUGUGUUUGGGUACCUGACUUUUAUGUGGGAGGAGAGCUGUGUUUCCAGCCCUGCUGACCCCGUGGAUGGCUCUGUGCUGUCCCUGGCCUUGCUCCUGCUGAGCGGACCCAAGGGCUUUUGGAAUAGCUGAGUGUCUGAAGUCCUGGACCUGAGACCAGCAUGUGGUUUAGUUCCUGCUGUUUCUAACUGUAUUUGCUCCAUCAUCCACAAUAGAUCACUGUAGGAGCUGGGAGUCCUGUCCCUCUGUCUCCUGACAGAGUGGUGGCUUUGCCAUAGCAAGAUGUCACACAAAGUGAGAGUUAGCCCAGGGUUGUCUGAUCCAUGGGGAAUUGAGCACAGGGAGAAGGCAAAGCAUGAAAAACAAGUAGAUGACACUCCUCCUGCAGGCAGAGAGGAGUAUCCUCUCCUUCUGCAGGGCUUUGCUUCACUCUUGUGGGGUUUUGUUUAUUAUAGUUUUGCUCUUUAAGCAAAAACGGUGCUUUGCCAGCUGGAGAGCUGCUGUCCUGGGUGUGCAGGGAGCUCUGUCACUCUUGCUGCUGCCCUUACAGAGGCCCAGCAACCUUUAGGAGAUGAAUGUCCUUUCCUUUCCUGCUGUGUAGUCAGCUUUAUGGCAGUGGAGCAAACUGUGUGGCCCCAUUUAUUGCAGAUUGUGGGUAGGAGUUUCAGGAGUGAGAACUGGCAUGGCUGUGACAUUGCUCUAAAACAAGAUGACUGCUUUACCUAUAUCCAUCAAUCUCUUGUAGAAGGGAAGAGCACCAGGCUGUUCCCAACAGCUUCCGACACGGCAGGUCAUCGUGUCUGCUGAUGAGAAAUGUGGUCUCUCCUUCAUCCAGUUCUUCCCUUCCUACUUUGCACUGGGCUGCUUGGGCAGGACCAGUGGGCUGGGCCCUGGUCCUCCCUGGGCUCCCAGCACUCCAGGAGCUGAGGGUCCCUGAGCCCCUCCAGCCAUGCAAUGAGUGGGGAGGCAGCUGGAGUCCUUGGCUCUCUGCAGGGUCACUGCUUAGCUGGGAUCUGUCCACCAGUCAGCACCCUGCUUUCUGCAUGAAUCUGACUCUGGGUGAUGGAGGUCUUGGGCUUUCGGGGGUGAUUUAAUCUGUCAGUGACUGUCCUGUUUUCUUCCCUGCAGGUAGGCAGGAGCCCCCCGUGGCCGAGUGAGGCAGCAUGGCAAUGUUCUUGGGGGCCAGGAAUGCCCACUCGGUCCUGAAACGCUUUCCCAGAGCCAAUGGCUUCCUGGAGGAGAUCCGUCAGGGCACCAUCGAGCGGGAGUGCAUCGAGGAGGUCUGCAGCUAUGAGGAGGUCAAGGAGGUGUUUGAGAACAAGGAGAAGACGAUGGAGUUUUGGAAGGGCUACACCAACUCCGUCUACUCUGUCAAGGACCCUGGGCACAGCACGGAGCGCUCUGACGCCAUGUAUGUGGUGGUGCCCCUGCUGGGAGUGGCCCUUCUGAUAGUCAUCGCCCUCUUCAUCAUCUGGAGGUGCCAGCUUCAAAAGGCCACCCGCCACCGCCCUUCCUACGCCCAGAACCGGUACCUGGCCAGCCGGACGGGACGCAGCCUGCCCAGGGUCAUGGUGUACCGGGAGCGCUCCCAGAGCCAGGGGGAAACCCAGUACCAGCGGGAAGCCAGCAACCGGGGGGCUGGAGACGGCAGAGCUGGGGGCACCCCCCCCCAGCAAGACAACACCCUCUGCCCGCCAGAGCACUCGGUCUCCAUCCUCUCCAGACUGUCCAGUGCCACCCCCCCGCCUUCCUACGAGGAGGUGACGGGCCACCCGGAGAGCAGCAGUGGGGAGGAGACCAGCGUCUCCUACAAUGACCCGCCGCCCAAGUACGAAGAGAUCGUGGCCACUGCCCCUGCCACGGGCAAAUAGCGGGUCUGCCUCCCUCCUGCCUCUUCACACACUCACACCUACCCACCCGCCCUCCCUUCGCCGUGCCUGGGACCCCUCCCGGUGUCCGUCGGGCCCCCGUCUCACCUGUACAAGCUGGUGCCAUCACACAAUAGCCUUACCCUCCUAACCAAAAAUAGCUGUCCCCAGGUGGGGUGAGGCUGGGCUGUGGGGGUGGCUCUGGAGCCAGCCAGCCAUCUCCUGCCCCUCACUCCCCACUCACGUAAGUGCUGUAGCAGCCAGAGCCGAGCAGCAGCUUGUUCGUGGCUCAACGCGGGGGUCUCCCCAUGGUGCAUUUGAUUCCCUCACUUCCCCCUCGAGUAGACAUAACAUUUCCCAUGAUUAGAACAGCCUCGCUGCCUCCCUGGGCUGCUGCCCAGCCUCACCCAUGUCCCCACUGGGCCCUGUUCUGCUCAGGGCUCUGAUUAGGAGUUGGGGAUGCAGGAUUGGUGUGGCAAACUUCUGUCCAUCCUCACAGUUGGUGUCCACGCUCUGUGUUUGGGGAGAUGGUUCUUCCCCUGUGUGGAUUUGUUGCCAAGUGGGAGUGGGGAGCCCCGUCCAUACUCUGGUGCCUGUAGCAAUAUUUGCUGUCCGGAGAUCAGGGAGGAGCAGUAAGGAAGGUGUUCUCCUAGAUCCCUUUGAAAAGGGGGAAAGGCUCACGGUGGUCUUGUACCUGAGGUAAGUGGCUUUGGAGCAGCAGAGUCUUUUCCUGAUGCUCUCUGCUUUCCCCAUCUGGGUUGCUGGGCAUCUGAAGGUCUGGCUCUGGCAGAGCUGGCCAAGAGGGUCAUCUCUGAUCCCAAGCCAAACAUGGUCCCAUGGCUUUAAGUGGUGAGGAUGCUCCUCUCUCCUGGAGCAUGGCCUGCCUGAUGUCUGCCCCAGAGGUGGGAUUCUGGCACAGGGAGCCUGUGGACAGGCCAAACCUCCCCUCUCCCUACCCCAAUCCGCCCUGCCUGACCCCUCUCUUUGGGGUUCUUUCUCCUCCAGAUCAGGUAAAGGGGAAUAUGAGGCCCCACUCUCCUGGCUCCUCUGGUGGGCAGAGUGCUCGGUGGCCAGGGCUGUGGAUGGGGGGCUUGCUGACAGGGGUGGGAGCCAUGAGGCCAUGCCUCAACCUGGCCAUGCCAGGCGGGAGCAGGGCCAAGCCCUGCCUGGGUGGUUGUGGAGCCAGGGCAAGGCAGAGCCGGGUGCUUUGCUGUGGGACCAGAGUAUCCCUUUUUGCUGGGCAGCUGCCUUUGGGGUCCAAACAAUGGGACUGUCCUUUCCCAGUCAUGUCUGAUGGAUUAAAAUGGGGGUUGUGCUCACCAACCCCCCCCCGAAACUUCCAGCACUGCCACCACUCGGUGUUCACCCCAGCACCAGUCUCUCCACCAGCACCAAAAGGCUAUUGUCCAUCCAUAGGUGGCCUGCAUCCUGCUCGGUCCCAGUGAUGCUCUCGCAGCAGGUGCCCUCAGCCCAGAGCUGAGACUUGCCCAGCAUGGCUUUCCUAGGGCAGGACAUGCUGGCACCUUGUCUGUCCCCUCCCCAGCCUUAGCAAAUCAAGGUUAUGGGGAGACCAGAGCCUGGAAAAGACCGGAGGGAGACAGCAGGGCUCUCUGCAUCCUCUGUCUUUGAUGCUCAGUCAUUAUCCCUGCAGUUUGUACUCUGUAAAACUUGGUAUAUUUCUGUGCAAAAAAAAAAAAAAAAAAAAGGUAUUUAUUAAAAAACCCUCACUGU